UCAAAGGUGUCAAAGUCGAAAGUCGCCUCUACACAGAUAACGAAUAAGGACAAUACUACUUCAAAGGAAUCAGUAUGUGUUCCGCAACAGCGUGCAGAAGUUGAUUUACCAAGAAGUAGUACUAUAGUGCAGCCUUUCAAAGCCAAAAGAGAAAGAGCUAAUAAGGAGGAUCUUUUUGAUGUCCUUGAGACGGAAAAACCUGCAAAAAAGAGAAAGUCUUCUAUACUAAAGCCCGGGUCCACCCAGGCUGCUGAUA